AUGGAAAUCAUUUGUUAUCAUUUAGAUCCUAAAACUAAAUUGAAUUUUCCAAUCUUACCCGCGAGAAACUCUUCAAUCGAUUCAAUACUUAUUAAUGAACAACACCUUUCAAUACUAUCAAGUUGGAUUGAUGACCAAGAAGAUGAUUACGUAAGAGUACCUUACAUCUUUAAACUACUUUUUAGAGCGACUAGGGACGGUUUUGACGCUAAAAAAUUUCAUGAAAUAUGUGAUUAUAAAGGUGCAACCUUAGCCGUAAUUUCUUUAAAAAAUUCCACAGAUUUGAUUGGUGGAUAUAAUCCACUCGGUUGGAGACCAUCGCACACUUGGUGGAAAACUUCUAAAAGUUUUUUAUUCUCCCUAACAAAAGAUACCUCAAAAUGUAUAACUGGUAACAUCUCACGAGUAGAUCCUGGAGAAUCGGAUAGAGCUAUUUUAUAUAAUAGGAAGUUUGGUCCUAGUUUUGGUGGUGCUCCUAACCUUGCUUUAACCAAUAAUCAAGUAUAUUGUUAUAAUUCUAAUGCUUAUCCUGGUUCGGAAUCUUUUAUCUCGGUAGGUUUGACAGAGAUGGCAAAUUAUGAAGUAUUUCAAAUAAUAGAAAUUAAAAAUCAUUAA